AUGAAGGCCUGUUCUGUGCCAUGUCUUUUAGACAUUGUGGAGCUGCAACAGUUGAUUGAGCGUGAUGGCUUGCAACUGUCCCAGGAGACAAAAGAAUACUUGUUGUACAUGACAGUUAAAAGGCUUGGACCUAACAAGUCUCAGAAAUUAAUCAGCAAAUUUGUUGAUGAUGAGCUUUUGGAGUGGAAGGAUGACUACGAGGUGGAGUCCAUACUGAAUAAUUGCAAAAAUGAACAAGAUGGCCAGAUGUACUACCUCAUAAAAUGGGUCGGCUGGGGUCAUGAACACAACACCUGGGAGCCGGAACAAAAUCUGUGCUGUGAGGAUCUUCUUCAAGACUACAAAAAACUGAUGAACACAGGCCAGCAUCAGAAAAAGAAAUUCCCAGAUCCAAAACAAGAAGACCUGUAUAGUUUAAAAAAAACCAAGAUAGAUGAAUUUUUCCAGAAACUUAUGGAAUCCAAAAUAUUGGACAUCAUUUCUCCUCUGGAUAUAAUCAGGUCUUACAAUGCAAAUAAGAGGAAGAGCAGCUCUAAUGGAAUGAUAGUGCAGUACCAGCCAAAAUUAAGAAUAAGAAAGAGAAAAGUCAGCCAAAAAGUAUUAAGGCAGGAAGCUACGAGAGCUCUCAAAGCCUGGCAGGAUAAGCUCAAUAGUAUCAGCAGGGGCUACGAUCCAGCACCUCUUGCUGUCGAGAAUAAUGUUGACCUUGAGGGUCCGCCUGAGGAUUUUAUCUACAUUAACGAGCGAAAAGAAGGACCAGGAGUUGUGAUCCCGAAAGAUCCUCUCAUUGGCUGUGACUGUGAGGAUUGUUAUCAAAACAGAAAGGGCUGCUGUGUGGUGGCCGCUGGGUCUGUCCUGGCGUAUUACAAAUCUAACGGCCGUCUGCGAGUAUCCCAGGGUGUGCCAAUAUAUGAGUGUAACAUACGCUGCAAAUGUGGGCCGGAUUGUAUGAACAGAGUUGUUCAAAAGGGAAGAAAAGUUAAAAUCUGCAUAUUUCGAACACCAAAUGGACGGGGAUGGGGAGUGAAGACUUUACAGAAGGUCAAGAAAGGGGCAUUUAUCAUGGAGUAUGUUGGUGAGGUCAUUACCAAUGAAGAAGCUGAACGUCGUGGGAAAGAAUAUGAUGCAGUUGGCCGCACAUAUUUGUUUGACCUAGAUUUUCACGAUGAUGACGCCCCUUAUUCCGUAGAUGCAGGCACACAUGGCAACGCUGCUCAUUUUAUAAACCAUUCGUGCAACCCAAACCUAGAAGUGCACGUGGUCUGGAUCAACACCCUGGAUCCACAGCUACCCCACAUCUGUCUGUAUGCCAAGCGUGACAUAGAGUGCAAUGAGGAGCUGACUUUUGACUACAUGAGUGAGUUCAUUACUAGCGAUCAGACGGCCAGGGCACAGUUGGCUGCGAUAGUUGAAUCAAGCAGCCUGAACAUGGCUAAGUCAGAACAGUCAGAGACACUGGUCGCUGAUCUAGGAGAUGUUCAACAAUCCCUCACACAGUCACUGCAGGAGAUUUUAGAAAGGGGAAACACUGAACCCAGUGAAGAAGUUGCAGAACAGCAAAAUGACAUAAACUCAUGGGGUGAUCUCCCAACUCCUAGCUCAGACUCCCAGUCUCUUGCAGAUGAGAAUGGCAAUGCUGUGGCACAGAUGAGUCGCAAGUCACAUUUUAGCAUGGCUUGCCUGUGUGGAGCCACCAACUGCCGCAAGUUUUUGUUUUUCUGA